UCCCACGUGUGAAGCAGAAGGAAUUGCGUCUCAUGUGGUUGAACUUUUCGCCAUGAAGCUGUUUUAAUAAACACUACAGAAGUCUCCGUUAGUCUCCGAAAUGUUGUUCGGAAAAGAAGUGCCAUGGCGGCGCCUGGAGGGCAUGUCGUUCGGCUUGUACUCCGCCGAGGAGCUACGGAAGUUGAGUGUGAAGGCGAUCACUAACUCAAGGUUCCUCGAUGCUGUUGGGAAUGUGGCUCCAAACAGCCUGUAUGAUCUGGCUCUGGGCCCAGCAGAUAACAAAGAGGUGUGUUCAACCUGCUGUCAGGAUUUUAACAACUGUCCAGGACACCUUGGACAUGUCGAGCUGCCUCUGCCUGUCUACAACCCACUGUUCUUUGAUAAACUCUACCUGCUGAUCCGGGGCUCUUGUCUGGCGUGUCACUCGUUAACGUGUCCCCGAGCUGCCAUCCACCUGCUGCUGAACCAGCUCAAGUUAGUGGAACAUGGAGCCAUGCAGGAGGUCUACCAGUUAGAACAGCUUCUCAACCAGCAACUGGAGGAGAAUCCUAGAGCUACUGGGGAUGACAUCGAGCUGUGGCUGAGGGAGUUCACAGACGCCGUAGUUGGGGAGAAAACUGAAGCUUCUGCAAACGUGAAGCCUAUUAAACAUUUGGUUGAGAAGAAGUGCAGCCUGAUAAAUGAGUUUUGGAGUGUCCAGAUGAAAACCAGGAAGUGCCCUCACUGCAGAAGCAGCAGGUCAACAGUCCGUCGUGAACACAACAGUAAGCUGAUCAUCACGAUGCCAUCAGGAGCACAAAGCAGCAGCGGCAAAACUGAUGAGGAUCUGAUGGCUGGAAAGAGAGUCUACCUGACUGCCAGUACAGCCAGAGAACACGUCAACAAGCUGUGGGAGAAAGAAGGUUUCUUUCUGAAGUGUCUGUUCUCGGGGCUGGAGGGAAGCACUGGAUCAAAGAAGGGAGACAACGGUUUCUGUCCAGACCUGUUUUUCCUGGAGCUGCUGCUGGUCACACCUUGCAGGUAUCGUCCAAUCAAUCGGCUGGGUGACCAGAUGUUCACCAACGGUCAGACAGUCAACAUGCAGGCCGUCAUGAAGGACUGUGGAGUCAUCAGGAAGCUGCUGGCUCUGAUAGCGGGGGAGAAAAACACAGAGGAGGCAGAGGCUCCAGAAGAGACAGACCAGACUUUUCUAGCUGCGGUGCCUGGACGUACAUUAACAGAUAAACUCUACAACAUGUGGAUCCGCCUGCAGAGCCACGUUAACAUUGUUUUUGACAGUGACAUGGACAAACUGAUGACAGAGAAAUACCCUGGAAUCAGACAGAUCCUUGAGAAGAAGGAAGGAUUGUUCCGGAAACACAUGAUGGGCAAACGAGUGGACUAUGCUGCCAGAUCUGUCAUCUGUCCAGACAUGUACAUAGGAACCAACGAGAUAGGAAUACCAAUGGUUUUUGCCACCAAGCUGACCUACCCUCAGCCAGUCACUCCGUGGAACGUGAAGGAGCUUCGUCAGGCCGUCAUUAAUGGACCCAACGUCCACCCCGGAGCCUCCAUGGUGAUAAACGAGGAUGGCAGGAGGACCAUCCUUUCAGCUGCCAACCUCGCACAGAGAGAGGCGGUCGCCAAGGAGCUGCUGACACCUUCUCCAGGUCCACAUAAGAUGCCCAUGAAGAUAGUGAAUCGUCAUAUCAAGAAUGGAGAUGUUUUGUUGCUGAACAGACAACCAACUCUGCACAGACCGUCCAUACAGGCCCACUGUGCUCGCAUCUUACCAGGAGAGAAGGUUUUAAGGCUCCAUUAUGCCAACUGCAAGGCGUACAACGCUGACUUUGAUGGGGAUGAAAUGAACGCUCACUUCCCUCAGAGUGAGCUGGGCAGAGCAGAGGCCUACAUGUUAGUCAGCACUGACCAGCAGUACCUCGUCCCCAAGGAUGGUAAACCCUUGGCGGGUCUGAUCCAGGACCACAUGGUGUCGGGAACAAAGAUGACCAUACGAGGCUGCUUCUUCACCAGAGACCAGUACACUGAGCUGGUGUACAGAGGACUGACUGACAGACCAGGCAGAGUGAAGCUGCUGCCUCCAGCCAUCCUCAAACCACAGCGACUGUGGACAGGAAAACAGGUGGUGUCUACGCUGCUGCUGAAUGUAAUCCCAGAGAAAGCGGUGCCUCUUAACCUGGUUGGCAAAUCAAAAAUCCCCAGCAAAGCCUGGAUCCAAGUCCCACCACGAGCUGCUCCAGGAUACAAACCGGACAGCAUGUGUGACUCACAGGUGGUGAUCCGUCAGGGCGAGCUGUUAGUUGGUGUUCUGGACAAAGCUCACUACGGCUCCUCGGCUUACGGUUUGGUCCACUGCUGCUACGAGCUGUAUGGAGGGGAGACCAGCGGCAAACUGCUCAGCUGCCUGGCUCGACUCUUCACCGCCUACCUGCAGCUGUACAGAGGCUUCACCCUGAGUGUGGAGGACAUUUUGGUGAAACCGGGCGCCAACAAGCGGAAAAAAAUCAUUGAAGAAUCAUUGAAGUUCGGCACCAAAGCCCUGCAGGUAGCGUUCAACCUGCCUUCUAAUGUGGAUCAAGCUGAGGCCCAGAGUCGCUGGCAGGACGCCCACCUCAACCCAGACCAGAGAGACUUCAGCAUGGCCGACCACAAGUUCAAAGAAGUAGCCAACCAAGUGAACAACGAUAUCAACAAGGUGUGUAUGCCAGCCGGUCUGCACACCUCUUUCCCAGACAACAACCUCCAGCUGAUGGUCCAAUCAGGAGCCAAGGGAUCUACAGUGAACACGAUGCAGAUCUCGUGUCUCCUCGGUCAGAUUGAAUUGGAGGGCCGGAGGCCUCCUCUGAUGCCUUCUGGCAAAUUCUUGCCUUGUUUCCAGCCGUACGAUCCUGCACCAGGUGCUGGAGGCUUUGUUUCUGGCAGAUUCCUCACAGGCAUCAAACCACAGGAGUAUUUCUUCCACUGUAUGGCCGGUAGAGAAGGGCUGGUCGACACAGCUGUGAAAACAUCAAGAUCAGGAUAUCUGCAGAGAUGUGUGAUUAAGCAUCUGGAAGGCUUGGUGGUGCAGUACGAUCUGACAGUGAGGGACAGUGAUGGAUCUGUGGUGCAAUUCCUGUACGGUGAAGAUGGAUUGGACAUCCCCAAGACUCAGUUCCUGCAGCCACGACAGUUUCCCUUCAUAGAGGACAACUAUGAGGUCAUCAGGCGGUCUCAGGGUCUGGAUGAGGUUUUGGCCCGUUUCGACCCGCAGACUGCCAGCAGCCACUUUGCAGCCAUCCAGCGAUGGAAAGCAAAGAGAGAGGUGGCCUGUCCACGGAGAGGAGCGUUCCUGCUGUUUUCUCAGAAGAAGUUGGCAAAACUAAAACAGACUGAACAAGAAGCUCCGCCCGGCUCCACCAGAGAUCCUGCUGUACUUCAGCUCCUACAGCAGUGGCGUGAUCUGGAUGAAGCCGGCAGGUCAAAGUACAGCAGGAAGUCCUCCCGCUGCCCUGAGCCCUCGCUGGGCUUGUUUAAGCCCGAUGUCUGCUUUGGAUCAGUGUCUGAAAACUUCCACGACAUCACAGAGAAGUACCUGCAGAACAGAGGCAGUAUGAGUGAAGACAGCGUGGACACACACAGCCUUCGCCAGCUGCUGCACUACAAGUGGCAGCGUUCUCUGUGUGAUCCGGGUGAAGCCGUUGGUCUGCUGGCUGCUCAGUCCAUUGGAGAACCCUCCACCCAGAUGACCCUCAACACCUUCCACUUCGCUGGCAGAGGAGAGAUGAACGUCACUCUGGGAAUUCCUCGACUGAGAGAGAUCCUGAUGGUGGCGAGCUCCAACAUUAAAACCCCCAUGAUGAGCAUCCCAGUGCUGAACAACAAGAAGGCCUUGAAGAGAGCAAAGACACUGCGUAAAAAACUUACCAGAGUGUGUCUGGCUGAGGUGCUGCAGAAGGUGGAUGUGCUGGAAAAUUUGCGGAUUGAAAACCAUCGAAAGCUGCGGAUGUUUAAAGUGACGUUCCAUUUCCUGCCAGCAGACCGUUACAGUGAGGACAAGCUGUUAUCGCCUCACCAGAUCCUCCACUACAUGGAAACAAGGUUUUUCCGUCUCCUUCUCGAAGCCAUUAAGAAGCGCUCUGCCAAGCUGGCCUCCAUCGCCGUGGAGACGAGGAAAGCCACCCCCAGAGAUACGGACGCCGAUGGUGAAGGAACAGCUGAGGCAGCAGGGGUGGAUGAUGGAGACGGAGAAGAGGAGAGAGAGAUUGUUGAUGAUGAGGGGAAUGAAGGAGACGCUGAUGCUUCAGAUGCCAAGAGAAGAGACAAACAGGAAGAGGAGGUCGACUAUGAAAGUCAGGACGAGGACGAAGGUGACCAUGAUGACGAUGAAGAGGAUCAGAUAGAGAAGACGGAGGAGAACUCAGAGACGAACACUGUGGAGGAGCCUCAGCCAGAGUCUGCAGGAGUGAGAGCCAAAAGGAGGAAUAAAAAAGAGAAAACAGUGGCAGGAGGAGAGACUCUGGAUCAGAUGAGAGUGACCUCUGUUCUGGUCUCAAACUCUGCGAUAGAGGGAUACUGCUACGAUCACCAGCAUGAGCUCUGGUGUGAGGUUGACCUGGUGCUGCCGGUGAGCAAUGUGCACUUCGACCUGGCCUCAGUCCUGUCAACGCUGGCCCAGAACGCAGUCAUCAUGGAGACCAAGGGGCUGACGCGCUGCCUGCUGAGCGAAACUACAACCAAAAAUGGUGAAAAAGAGACAAUUCUCAACACAGAGGGCAUCAACAUGCACGAGAUAUUCAAGUACAGCGACAUCUUGGACCUCAACCGGCUGUACUCCAACGAGGUCCACGCCAUGGCUAAAACCUACGGGAUUGAAGUGGCUCUGAAGGUCAUAGAGAAGGAGAUCAAAGAUGUCUUUGCUGUUUAUGGUAUCGAGGUUGACCCCAGACAUUUGUCGCUGGUAGCUGACUACAUGUGCUUUGAAGGUGCAUAUAAGCCCCUAAACCGCCACGCCAUCGGAUCAAACUCUUCUCCUCUGCAGCAGAUGACCUUUGAGACCAGUUACAAGUUCCUCAAACAGGCCACCAUGCUGGGUUCACAUGAUCAGCUGGUGUCACCUUCAGCCUGCCUGGUGGUGGGGAAGGUGGUGAAAGGAGGAACAGGACUGUUUGAACUGAAACAACCUCUUCAGUAGGAGGAGACGUAACGCAGUCGCAUGAGAAGUGGUAUGAUCGCACUUCUGCUGAGCUGCUUCCCUGAUAAAGACUAAACCUUAACUUUUUUUUAUCACAGUUUGUACUCAGUGUGAUGUCUUACCAAAUGUGCUUUCAGAAAAUACCAGACUUAUCUGAUUUGAAAAUGAAUGUAACUGACAGAUAGUUAAGUUUUCUUUUUAGAUCACUGAGCUGUAACUGUAUCAUACUGUAAAAAAUAUGCAAAGCUAGAGUUUACAGCACAGAAAAUCAACACAAUAGACACACAGGGUUUCAUUCUUCCAAGCAAAAAUCUGUUUAAAAAAAACAACCAAAUCCAUUAUUUUUGUUUCUAUUUAAUAAUAAAAUGAAAAUUUUGUAUAAAAACUGUA